AUCAGUUACAAAACUUGACAAGCUCAGGUUUUGUAACCGACAUUCCUCUGGCCAAUAGGAGCGCUCCUUUUCUGGCCACGUGACCGUGUAUUUUUAUGUAACACGCUGGCAGUGGCACGCGCAAUUAAGGUUAUCCUUAUACACCAGUCUAGCUUUUGUAGCUUAGUGUUUGGUUAAAAAUGUGUUUUCUACACGGAUAUUAAUUUAUUUCUUCUUUAUUUUAUUUUAUUUUUUAAAUUCCGUAGAAAAAUAAAGCUGGAAAAAAAUAAUAACAAUAAGAUGUCGAUUCAAGAGCCGGACCAAAACUGUGUCUCAUCAGGGGACAGAGGGGGUUUCUUCAUUCCGUCCGACACCGAGCAGGACUGGGCCGGGGAAGAAGACGGAGACCGGGUCGGGGUUCAGCAGAAACGCCUCAGAGGAGCGCUGGAUGCGUUAUUCAGAGCCGUGACGAGCGAGUCCGAGUCCGUGCGACCCGAACACAUCAGCACUUUAGUGGAAAUCAUCGUGCGGAACUUUAAGAAGAAGGAAACCUCUGUUUUAUGGGCGCAGAGCGCUCAGGACGGAGAACUGGACGGGGAACUGGACUGUCCCGGCUGUAACCGGUUUAUAUCGGAACCGGUUACCGUCGCGUGCGGACAUUCCUACUGCAGGAGCUGCUUACAGGAAGCAUUCCUGUCUAAAUGUAGAAAAUGCCAUGAGGAGAUCGGGGCGAAACAUCUGCUCUGUGCUAAUGUGCUCCUGUGUGGACUUUUAGAGAAAUGGUUUCCGGAGGAAAUACAGAAAACCAAGCGGAUAGCAGAAGUGAAAGGGCUGCUGAGGAGCAAACAGUUCACCCAGGCGCUUUCAUUAGCAACACAGCUGUUAGAAUCCGACCCCAGUAAUAUCAGACUGCGAGUGUGUCGAGCCGAAGCGUAUCGGCGUUUGCAGCACUAUCGUCACGCUCUAGAAGACUUCGAUGUGUGUGAGAGCAUUGCUCCGUCUGUCGAGGUGGUGUUCUGUAAGGCUAAGCUGUUAAAAGAAAUGGGUCGAGUGGACGAGUCUGUAAAACUCUUCCUGCAGUGUCUCUGUGUGGAUCAGGACUUCCAGGAGGCCAGACAGGAAGUGGAAAAUAUCCUGUGUGAUCUCCUGGUUCCGACAUGUGAGGGCGUACAGACGCUCGAGGAGAGUUCGGAGCCCUCGGGUCUAAUCCGAGCUCAGUCUCUACGGGCUCACGUAGCGGGCGGAGCCCGAGGAGAGGGGCUGAAGCGGGUUAGCUCCGCCCCUCAGCUGGGUGAAAAGGGAGCACUGCUGAAGAGGAAGCUGUCCGGGUUGGAGGCGGGGCCUGAAGUGGUGGAAACCGGCGACACCAAACACAAAAAGCACGGAGUGAGCGCCACAGCGUCUGUGUGUAGCGAUGAAGAUAAACUCCACCUCAGUGUACCGAGAGAUCUGCUGGACCCCAGCGACUUCGAGUGCUCGCUGUGCAUGAGACUGUUCUAUGAGCCGGUGACGACGCCGUGUGGACACACGUUCUGUAAGAGCUGCCUGCAGAGGAGUUUAGAUCACAGCCCUCAGUGUCCUCUGUGUAAAGAGAGCCUGAGACUGUACCUGGCCUCUCGGAGGUUCUACAUCACGCGUGUGCUUGAUGACAUCAUCAGGCGUUACCUGUCUGAGGAGCAUGCUGGGAGACAAAAGAUACACAACGAUGAAACGAAAGAGCUGUCAGAUUUAGAGAAUAACCUUCCUAUCUUCGUGUGUACGAUGGCGUAUCCCACCGUCCCCUGCCCCCUGCACGUCUUCGAGCCUCGGUACCGCCUCAUGAUCCGCCGCUGCAUGGAGACGGGAACGCGACAGUUCGGCAUGUGCAUCAGCGACACACACAAAGGGUUCGCGGAUUUCGGCUGCAUGCUUCACAUACGUAACGUGCACUUUCUGCCGGACGGACGCUCGGUGGUAGACACAUUCGGAGGGAAACGGUUCCGUGUCAUCACACGCAGCAUGAGGGACGGGUACUACAUCGCUAACAUCGAGUACCUGCAGGACCAGAGAGUGGAGGGGACAGAGGAGCUGCAGCUGCAGGAUCUGUAUGAUCAGGUGUAUAAUCAGGCGAGUGUGUGGUUUCACGCUCUGGAGAACCGAUUCAGGAACCAAAUACUGCAGCACUUUGGGCCCAUGCCUGAGAAAGAGAAUGAUAUACAGUCCAGUCCUAAUGGUCCGGCAUGUUGUUGGUGGUUAUUGGCGGUUCUCCCAGUGGAUCCUCGUUAUCAGCUCUCGGUUCUCUCCAUGACGACACUCAGAGAACGUCUGGUUAAGAUCCAGCACAUCCUCGCGUACUUGCAGAACACACACGCAGAGUAGAACGCACUUCCUCACGCCCUAAUGCAGUAGUAUUAUUGUGCCGUCCUACAUUAGCACAGAGACAGUCCUGAUUAUACACACACACACACACACACACACACACACACACACACACACCCCGUGUGUUCUGAAUGAAACAAAUCCCAAAUGCUGAGAUUAGUAAUGUAUUUUUUUGUCAUAUUUGUAAUAAAAACAAAACUGAAUUUACUCUUAAAUCUUAAAACUCAGAAAUCAAAUUAAGACUGAAUCAGAUGGUGAUGUACAGAAAUGCGUUAGAGCCUGACCAUGUUCAUAAUCCACUGAUAUGAUUUCUAAGGAGCAUACUGCUGUAGAAUUAUUGGCACCCUCGGUGAGAUUAUGAAACAAUUAGAUCUUAUCAAGAGAAACAUUUAUAAAAUGUAGCUGAAGCAUGUUUGACUUUUUCUAACAUUUUAUUUUAUAGCGACCCUGCACCUGAGUGUUCAGGAACUCUCACCCAUGACUUCCUGUUACACCCGGGUGUAAAUAUGAGGUCUCUUCUCUCUCUCUCACACACACACACACACACACACACACGUGUUCAUUAACAUGGGGAAAGUGCCAGUCGUUCUGGGGCGGAGUUGAUCUUUCUAAAGCAGGCAGUACAGACCUUAGCACACGGCUUGUGGUGUAAGAUGUGUUCACAUGCAUCACUUCCUGUGAUUAGCGCCCUCUACAGUAUGAACGCAGAGUAUUUAAGUAGACUUGAAUGGCGUUUAAUCAGCGUGAUUUCGGCUGCUGCUGCACAUUAUUAAUAUUAAUACUGAAACAUUCAAAAAGGCCGAUUUAAUCUGCUGAGAUCUCAGUCAGGUUCUGAUCACGGAGUCGUUAUCACACGCUUAUGGACAAAAAUACAGAUUCAUUCCACAGAAGCAACACGGAGCGCACAAAAAUGUGAUUUAAAACAUUAUCAUGACCCGGGUUCAUCAGGAGGGAUCAUAAAAAAAACAACUUCAAAGGGAAGAUUUUUUAUUUAUAUAUAUAUAUAUAUAUAUAUAUAUAUAUAUAUAUAUAUAAUGACACAACUUAAGCCUUAAUUUUAUAAGAAAAAUGACAUCACAUUAACGCACAAUAAAUAAUUUUUACUCUCCAAUUAAACAUUAUGUACACACUGCCUUAUUCUAUCUGCAGAUGGUUCCUGAUGGAUUUGAAAGAUCCAGUGAGUAGAAAUUCAGAUCUUAGAAUUAGAAUAAUAAUAAUAAUAAUAAUAAUAAUAAUAAUGAUGAUGAUAAUAAUAAUAAAAGGUUGAAUGAUAUUGUGAAGAAUAAUGCUCGCUGAAAGUAACAGAAAUAAUCAAGCCUCAUUUACUUAAAUUUAAAGUCACUAAAUUUGUAAAGUGUGUUCAUAAAUUCCAAAAGCACAGGCAUGUGUUUCACUGAGCCCACACUUCAGGCUCUCCAGGAUUUUGUGAGCGCAGAAUUUAACGCAAAAUCAAGGAAACGCCGCGAUAUUCGGAGGAGCGUGCGAUUUUUCUAAAUUUCCGCAUAUUUUCUGGAGAUUCGGGCCGAGACGCGUCAUGUGAUGUCAUCCCGACGCGCGUUCAGCCGACGCCCUCUUCCAUUCACGUGCGUCGAUCAUGAGUACAGAUAAAUCUCUCAUUUACCAACAAACAUCACUGCGAAACAAUUCGGAAUUUGUAAUUGUGAUUUCACUGAUUCGAGUAGUUUUGCGGAAAAAAAAAAAAAAAAACACAAAAAUUCCGUAAGUCGCAUCACAAAUUUUGAAAAAGAAGCCGCGGUAAAAUCGAGCGUUUUUGGCCGCAACGGUCACAAAAAAACUCUGCGGCAUCCUGUACGGACUGACGACAUAAUCGCAGUCCCAUUCAUCUACAGCACUGAUUGAUUUAUUUAUUUUCAGAAAAAAGCACGAUGAUGAUGAUGAUUAUAAUUAUUAUUACAGUUAUCUGAUAAAGGAAUUGUGCAACUGUAGAUGAGGCAGAAAAACCCCUCGAUUCUUUGUUGUUUUUGCGAUUUGAAGUUAAAGCUGUGACUCCUGAAAGAGAAACGUUCUGAUCUGUAAUCAGCGUGUUCGUAUUAAUCCAGUGUUCCUUCCAUUGUUUUCAUGUUUGUGCUCUAAUCGCUUUGGCACGUAUGAAAUUGCACUACUCUGAGCUCGGCAUGCGCUGAUCAUCAGCUACACAACACGACAAAUCAUCAACAGACAACAGCGACGUAAACGUUCAACACGCCAUGCACCGGAAUGAACCACGCUGGACCAAAAAACAGACCGAGGAGAAGGUUUCUCCACACGUUACACGUUUCUCCACGCGUUACACGUUUCUUUACAGACCGAGUAGAAGGUUUCUCCACGCCUUACACGUUUCUCCACGCUUUACACGUUCAGUGGUUCGUUUUUCCCCCCAGAACUAAACAUAAAGUAAAAAAAAAAAAAAAGCACAGUGUCUUUCCAGAACUUCCUGGUUCCAGUAUAUAUAUCAUCAUAAUAUUUUCUCGGUGUCGUUUUGAAUUGAUUUGUUCAGUUUAUAUUGACAGUUGGGGAUUUAAAAUUUUUAAAGGAAUUAUUUUUAAUAUAAUAAGUAAGUAUUUAUGAGUGAGAGAUCUAACGCUCCGGUGUUGGUCUCUCUACCGAGUGCUUUAUUUAUUUAUUUCUUUUCUUUGAUCCUGGUGGGAUUUCGGUGCAUCGCUGGUAUAAAACAUGACAUGAGAUUAUAGUUUUCUAAAAUGAAACUAAAAGCUGGUCCUGUGAUGAGGAUAUGCGAGUUAGUUGUGCAUCAGCUCAUGCCUGCUCAGAACACGGACUUCCAAAUGUAUUCAUUUUUAUAUUAUUACGAUUGUUAUGAUUUGUUGUUAUUAAUAAAUGGAGCUUUAGAGAGCUCGAGUGUCGUGUUGAGAGAGAGAGAGAGAGAGAGAGAGAGAGAGAGCGAGAGUGAGAACUUCCACCAGAAAUGAACGAUGAUAAGCUAGGGUUAGUUUUGUCAGGUUUUGAGUUUGUGUUAAUGUUGUGUAUCGUGGCGAUUAGAGCAGAAGAGUGGAUUGUUGUGUAAAGAUUUUGCGUAUUUUCCACACCGUGCGAUCGCACUACCACUUUCUGCCUUAUUAAAAUCUUUUAUUUUAUUCCCUGCCUGACAGUUUGGUUUUAAUCGCUCUUCUUCUUCUUCUUCUUCUUCUUCUUCCUGUGUGUACAGUUUAACAGAUCGGUGAAAAUCAUUUGAUUUUUUUUUUUUAAUUAUUCUUUUUUUUUCUUUCUUUCUUUUUUUUUUUUUUUUUUACAGAAUUGUGCUUUUUUUUUUUUUUGCUUGGAUAUUUAUGUUAAUUUUAAUUUAAAAUAAAGCUUAAAAAUUAUGCUUAA